AUGGUGGAGCAGCUAUUAACCAUCUGGAAGAUGUGUCCAAGGACAUUCUCAGACAGGCACUGUGGCAGCCUGGCUUCCUGAGAGGACUCCCAGGACUGGAGAGCCAGCCUCAAGGAUUCUAGCCUAGAGACGAACUCCGAGCUGGAAAGGAAGAGGCAAGAGGGUCACCAGAAGUUCAAAUCCAGUCUGGUCUAUGGAUAUGCUCUAAGACAGCCAGACUACACAGGAGACCCUGUCUAUGCAGUUUGCAGCCGGCCUGCCUGCACAAAGACUGUCCCCACAGCUCACAUCACUUGUGUUAUUGACUGUGCCACUGGAAAACAAGUCUCCCUGGCAGCACCCCCAGUGACACCCCAAGUAUCAAGACCCAGCCAGGGACAUGUCACUCUGCCCAUGAAGACGUUUGUUGUGUUCUGUGGAAAAACCACUAUGCAUGGGACUCAGGACUUUUUGCUCAGCUGUAGACCUCUUGCCGGGGCCAAGGAUACUUUGCCAUCCUACAGAGGACUUAUGGCUCCAGCUUCCCUCGAUGCCAGCCCACCUUGUCCCCAGGAUGAUCCCAAAGCAGAGAGGAGACCCUUGAAGGCUGGAGCUACUGAAAAGCAUUCAACUUGGGAGACAGUUGGGUGCUCUGUCCAGGCUCUCUCUUCCUGUAUCCGUGGGCAGCUUGGGUAG